AUGGCUGCCCCUAAGGUUGGAAUCAACGGCUUCGGUCGUAUUGGCCGUAUCGUCUUCCGUAACGCCAUCGCCCACGGUGAGGUUGAUGUUGUUGCUGUCAACGACCCCUUCAUUGAGACUCACUAUGCUGCCUACAUGCUCAAGUACGACAGCACUCACGGUCGCUUCGAUGGCACCAUUGAGACCUACGAGCAGGGCCUCAUCGUCAACGGCAAGAAGAUCCGCUUCUUCGCUGAGCGUGACCCCGCUGCCAUCCCCUGGAAGGACGCUGGCGCUGCCUACAUCGUCGAGUCCACUGGUGUUUUCACCACCACCGAAAAGGCCUCCGCUCACUUGAAGGGUGGUGCCAAGAAGGUCAUCAUCUCCGCUCCUUCUGCUGAUGCCCCCAUGUUCGUUAUGGGUGUCAACAACAAGGAAUACAAGUCCGACAUCAACGUCCUCUCUAACGCUUCUUGCACCACCAACUGCCUUGCUCCCCUUGCCAAGGUUAUCAACGACAACUUCGGUAUCGUUGAGGGUCUCAUGACCACUGUCCACUCCUACACUGCCACCCAGAAGGUUGUCGAUGCUCCCUCCUCCAAGGACUGGCGUGCUGUCGGCAAGGUCAUUCCCUCUCUUAACGGCAAGCUCACUGGUAUGGCCAUGCGUGUGCCCACCGCCAACGUCUCUGUUGUCGACCUCACCUGCCGUACCGAGAAGGCCGUCUCCUACGAGGACAUCAAGAAGACCAUCAAGGCUGCUUCCGAGUCGGGCGACCUUAAGGGCAUCCUCGGCUACACCGAGGACGACAUUGUCUCCUCUGACCUUUGCGGAGAUGCCCACUCCUCUAUCUUCGAUGCCAAGGCUGGUAUCGCCCUCAACGACCACUUCAUCAAGCUUGUCUCCUGGUACGACAACGAGUGGGGCUACUCCCGCCGUGUUGUUGACCUCAUUGCCUACAUCUCCAAGGUCGAUGGCCAGUAG